AUGAGAUACUCGCAAAAGUGCCGUGUGACCGCUGUCCUCCUAGAGAACAUCCGCGCGGGUCUCGACAUAAAGCGCUCUUUCGAAGAGCUCAUCAAGUUGGACUUGCCCGUCGACAUAAUUCACAAACAAUAUGUUAAGGACGUGGCGAAGCGGUUCAUCGGAAUCGUCGAAGUUCAGGAAGACGCGCUCAAGCUGCUGGGACAGUGCAUUCAGAAGAUCACCGGCAGUUCGGCCUCCAAUCGUGCCCCCCAGACAAUGCUCCAACCGUCCGAAAAGAAGACUUCGUGUCCCUCCUCUUCAUCAUCGAACUCUUCUUCUUCUUGCAGAUCCUCCACUCCAUCGUCAUCCUCAACAAGUGCGCCGACAGUCGCAGCAGCAGCAGCCGAGAAGAAGACAUCCGAGGAGGACGAGAAGCUGCAGCGGUUCCUCGCCGCCCGGAAGAGAGCCCUCGCCGUGGUUGCUCCGAAACAGGUCCCUUCGAGUUGCUCCGAGAAUAAUCCGUCCCUAGCCCCCUCCUGCUCCUCCACUUCCACUUCCACUUCCUCUUCCUCUUCAUCAACUUCCUCUUCUUUCAGACCCUCCGUCGACAUGAUGCUCCGAUCGAAACGGACCGCCCCCUGUCGUCGUGUCCGGGAAGCCCAAGUGCCCGGCGAUGUCGUUGGAUCCGCCUGCUCGAGUCGCCGUUGCCCAGAAGCCCAAGAAGUUGUCGUCGGAAGCGGAGAACGAGAAGCUGCAGCAGUUCGUGGCCGCCCGGAAGAGAGCCCUGCCGGGCGCUGCUCCGAAAGUGGUGCCUGCCGGUGGCCGCCCGUCCGAGACCCUCUCCAUGCUCGAAUCGUCGCGUCUUUUCCGCAUCCAACAGGCCCAGGACAUCAAACGAUUCGGAGAGCCCGAGAGGAAGAGACAACGAAGAAACUAUCAUUAA